AUGAGGCUCACAGCCAGGGCCGCGGCGCCGUCAUGGCACUUUCUGCUGCUGUCCCUGCUAUGGGUUUUGGCGCUCGCAAAGGACGGGCCGAAGCUCUCAGUCACAAAAUUCGACCACCCGCCCUUGGGCCUUGCCUACUUCGAAGACAGCGACAUUAUCGUCUUCCACGAUGUCGCUGCAGGCAUCAUAUAUCGAUCCAGCGAUGCCGGUGUCAAUUGGGACAAGGUCAAAGCAAUUCCCGACGGCGAUGCCUUUUUGCUCACUACGCACCCGUACGACUCCAAAGUCGCCUAUGCCCUGACGUUGGGCAAGACGCAUUAUAAGACAGAGGAUCAAGGCAAGACCUGGUCCAAAUUCGAGACCAAGGCCGUCCCCAGUCGAUUUCAGCGCGAGAUCUUGGUAUUCCACGCAGAAGACCCGAAGCGAGUCAUCUUCAACGGCAUGGAGUGUGACGGCAUCUUUUGCGACGAACAAGCCUCUUAUACCAUAGACAACUUCAAGUCGGUCGAGCUGCUCCGUGCCUUCACAGCCGGCUGUUGGUGGGCUAAACUAUCCCCGGAGUUCACCACCGGCGAUAAAGAUCUAGAUAAGAAGAGAGUGCUCUGCAUCAUCAAGGAUCCUUUUUCCCUCUUUGUGGAAGACCAGCGACUGGUCAUCUCUGACGACUUCUUCGCCGUUGUUGACAAGGAGGUGCAAGAAUUUGAGCCCAACAUGGACACCAACAAGGGAGUGGGCGGCGUGGCGAACGUUGCUGUCGUCAAGAGCUAUCUCCUUGUUGCUACCUCGUCCUUCCAGAGUGACGAGAUGGCAUUGUAUGUCUCUGACGACACUCUCAAAUGGCACCGCGCCAUGUUCCCAACCAGCGACAACCAUGACCAUUCGCACCAGAUCAACCAAGAGGCGUAUACUGUUCUAGAAAGUACAAACUACAGUAUCCAGAUUGACGUCUUGACUUCCUCACCCUCAAAUCCCAUGGGCGUUCUUUUCACAAGUAACUCCAAUGGCACAUUUUUCACCGAGAAUGUUCCUUACACCAAUCGCAACGGCAAAGGACAUGUUGACUUCGAGAAAGUCCAUGGCAUCCAGGGAAUAUUCAUCGUCAAUGUGGUAGAGAAUGGCGCCGAUGUCGACAAGAAGGGCGCCGAAAAACACGUUAUUACCCAGAUUUCCUUUGAUGAUGGCAGAACCUUUGAGUCUAUUAAGGCCGAUGGCGACAGGAUCCACCUCCACUCAGUUACCGAACUCGAUAACGUCGGGAGGGUCUUCACAAGCCCAGCCCCUGGACUUGUCAUGGGCAACGGAAAUACGGGCAAGACUCUGGGCAAGUUUGCGGAUGCCAACCUGUAUGUCUCAGAUGAUGCCGGCAUGACGUGGAAGGAGGCUUUGAAAGGACCUCACAAGUACGAAUUUGGUGACCAGGGAUCGGUUCUUGUUGCCGUCAAGGAUUCCAAAGAGGAUGACGUUUCUGAAUUUUCGUAUUCUCUGGACCAUGGUGAGCACUGGGAGUCGGUCGCUUUGCCCAACAAACUCGCCGUCAAACCAGCUAUCCUCACAACCACGCAAGAUUCGACCAGUCUCAAAUUCCUCCUCAUCGGCGAGAAGGACAGGGCCUACCAUAUGAUCGUCAUUGACUUUGAAGCUCUUAACAAGCGGACUUGCGAGGAUAAAGAUCUCGAGGACUGGCAUGCCCGCGUGGAUGAUGAUGGAAAGCCAACUUGUAUCAUGGGACACAAACAGACGUACCGCCGCAGAAAGAAGUCGGCCGAUUGCUUCAUCAAGAGCAACUUCAAGGAUCCCGUUGCCACCACUGAGGACUGCGAAUGCUCCGAUGCUGACUUUGAGUGUGAUUACAACUUUAGGAGGGAUCCGGAUGAUAACAAAGUAUGCAAACAAGUCGGACCAGUGCCGUCUCCAGACGGUGCCUGCAAAGACAAGUCCGGUAGCUUCAAGGGCUCUUCUGGCUGGCGGCUCAUCCCUGGUAACACUUGCAAGCGGACCAAGGGCGAACAGAAAGACGAUCCGGUCGAGCGCAAGUGCGAGGAUGCCGCCGUUCCAGGACUUCCUCCGGCAACUGGAGAUGUGACUCAUAAGCAAUUCAUUUUUGACACCAAGCUUCAAGAUUUCCAAAAGAUUUACCUUGACAGGAGUGAUUCCAGUUCUUCCGACGACGAAACCGUUAUUGUCAGACCCGCUGAAGAUGAAGGAAACGGCCGAUUGAAAAUUGAGCAGAAGCUCUGGCUGUCUAGCGACCACGGCAAGAGCUUCAAACGUAUCUUGGAGGGCGAGAAAAUCCAGGGCAUCUAUCCCCACCUAUACCUCAAGGAUCUGGUUUACUUCACUACCGGCAGCGACAAGGUCAUUUAUUCUCUUGACCGUGGCAAGAGCUUUCACAGCUUCAAAGCACCAACAGACCCUGGUGAUAGAUUCCCGCUGAGCUUCCAUCCGGACAAGAGAGACUGGCUCAUCUGGGUUGGUCAGACCUGCGAUAAAGUUGGAGGUAAAGAGAGUUGUUUCAACGAGGCAUCCAUCUCGAUUGAUCGUGGCGACAACUGGAAGACAAUGCUCCGCUUUGCGGAGAGGUGCGAGUUCACCGGUCACUCUGCAUACAAAUUCCGGUCGCAGAAGCAAGUUGUCUGUCUUGCUAGGGAAGAAGAGAACAAUGAUGCGCCGUUGACCAUCAUGACCAGCGACGACUUCUUCCAGGAGGACAAGUCCAUCUUCAAGGAUUCAGUUACCAAUUUCGCAACCAUGAACGAAUUCAUUGUCGUUGCCGGCAGGGACCCAGAAACCGAGGAUAUGCACGCUCUCGCCAGUUUGGACGGCAAGCACUUUGAGAGAGCUCACUUCCCAUACAACUUCCACGAAGGUCACGAGAACGAGUAUACGCUACUUGACAGCUCAACCCAUGCCAUUAACCUGUUCGUUCGUACCGAGAGUGGUGCCGACCGAGAGUAUGGCUCAAUCAUCAAGAGCAAUUCCAACGGCACAUCAUAUGUUCUCAGCGCGUCCAACGUCAACUGUAACGAGGAGACGUACGUCGACUUUGAAAAGGUCGCAGGCCUCGAAGGUGUUACUCUGAUCAACGUUGUGACAAACACCGAAAAGGGCCAGAAGACAAAGGAUCUCCAGACCAAGAUCUCUCACAACGACGGCUCCGAAUGGGGUUUCUUGGCGCCACCUGCCAAGGAUGUGGAUGGAAAGGCCUAUUCUUGCAGCAGCUCCAAGGGAGAUGAGUCGUGUGCCUUGCAUCUCCAUCACUAUACCGAGAGAGAUGACAAGCGAAAGACUUUUGCUGCGGCUACUGCCGUUGGUCUCAUAUUUGGCAUUGGCAACGUCGGCUCCAAGCUUGGCGAGAUUAAGAACGCGGAUACCUUCAUGUCAACUGACGGUGGUGUCUCUUGGAAGAAUGUCAAGAAGGGCAGCUGGUCAUGGCAAUAUGGAGACCAGGGCUCGAUCAUCGUCCUGGCGCAAAGGUACACGCGCAACAACCCAGUCAAGACCCGCUACGUCUCGUAUUCUACAGACGAAGGCAACACAUGGAAGAACUUGGAGUUUGCCGACUCCGACGUGUCACUCCUCGACAUUACUACCCUGCGAUCUGGCACAUCUCGCAACUUUUUGCUUUGGUGCAGAUCCGGCCGAGGCAAGCUCUUCUCCGUUAACCUAGACUUCUCCGGUUUGGCCGACAAGCCUUGUGAGCACACCAAAAACAGCGACUCUGAUUAUUACCUGUGGUCUCCCAAGCACCCCCUGCAGGAUGACGAUUGUCUCUUUGGACACGUCUCCAAGUACCUACGAAAGAAGACAGAUCGGAAGUGCUACAAUAAGCAGAAUCUCCAGCGAAAUUACGAGUACGAAGAUUGCGCUUGUAGCCGACGAGACUAUGAAUGUGAUUUCAACUUUGAACUAGAUAACCAUGGACAGUGCCAGCUGGUCAAUGGCUUCACCCCCGUCACUGGAAACGAAUGGUGUGAAAAGAACCCCAACGCGACGUCGUACUAUGAACCGACAGGCUACCGAAGGGUUCCCUUGUCAACUUGUCGCGGCGGCAAUGAGCUCGACAAGACGUCAACAGAGCAUCCAUGCAAGGGCCAUGAAGAGGAAUUCAAGAAGAAGCACGGCACAUCCGGCAUCGUCAUUUUCUUUGCCGUUGUCAUCCCAUUUGCUCUGGCCGGCAUCAUGGGCUGGUACGUCUACCGCAACUGGAACGGCAAGUUUGGACAGAUCCGCCUUGGAGAGAACACAUCGACCUUCGACAGCGACCAGCCUUGGAUCAAGUACCCCAUCAUCGCCGUGUCCGCCGUCGCCGCAGUGGUGGUCUCCUUGCCCGUCAUGGUGUCCAGCUUGGGCCGCUUGGUAGGCAGCUCCCUUGGGCGGUUCGGCCAGAGGAGCGAUGGCAGCUGGUUCUCAAGAGGCGCAAGGAGGUUCACGACGCGCGACAGCUUUGCGCGUGGACGGGGAGACUACUCGAUUGUGGAUGACGAAGGCGAGCUCCUUGGCGAGGAGAGCGACGAGGAAGUGUGA